CAUCUGGCGCACGACGUACUCGUACAGAGAAGCGUGACGGAUAUUGGCUCUUAUAUUAGGUGGGGACGACAGAAGAUUAGCCAAACAUUCUGUCUUCGUGAAACAUGAUGGUCUAAUAAUGAAGCAACUGUUAAAAUAUGUAUGAUUGUCGAUAGUGGGAUUCUGGGUUGUGACGACGUGGUAUGGACUCGUUGGUGGAUACCAAGGAAGAAGACGGCUAUCGACAUUUUCACUUCCGUGAGAACCUAAAACCUCAUUCAGAAGCAAAUCAAGUAAAAAUGAUGAAGAAAAAACUGGAAGAUAUACAUAAAAUUGAGGUUUCUGGAGAAAUAACUUCAGGAAGUAAUCAAAAGAGCUUUCCAAGUCCAGUAACUAAUGAAAGUAUAGAAGUUUCACCAGCGGUUGGAAGCGGAAAGGAGCACCAAACAAGAAAAUCUGCUGCUUUAGAAUGUGCAAGCAUCAGAAAACGUUCUCUCUGUGGCUAUGCUACUUUGCUGGACAUUGCGAUGAUGAACAAUGAAGGGUUUCCAGCAUCAAGAGUCUUGCCUACAGAGGAAUUGGUCCCAAAUUCUUAUCAUCAAAGUUUCCAUAUAGCACGAUGGAAAGCCUGGCUGAGAGAAACCCCCCAGUGGAUAAUAAAUAUGGGAAGACAGAAUUUGUGGAUGCUAGAAGGACAAAAUGGUCAUCAGACACCACAGAAUGAAGCUAAUAGUAAUGAUGUACAGAAGCACAUAAGUGAUACAUAUGUAGAAAUGAAGGAAAAGAAUGAAUCAAGUGAACAAGACAGUAAAAUUAAGGAAGAACACUUGACAGAAUGGAGGGAUUGGUCUCUCCAGCUAACAGACAGAAAUAGUCUUCUCAUCACAGGGAAAAGAAAUCAGAAUACAAUACAGCUGUCGAGGGAUGUUUCAUAUUGCAAACGCAUUGAUGCCAACACCCUGCUUCAUAAUGAUGGUUCAGUGUACAUACUCAAUGGUAUGCCAGACCAUUUUACAAAUUUACCAUAUUAUGUGAGAAACAAAUUCCAGUGUGGAUUCCCAGAUGACUGGAAGGAUGUGAAAUGCAAGUGGAUAAAAUAUGUAAAAGAAGGGAGUCCAUGCGACUUCAGUUGGACAGUAGAAACUGAUGAAUGUGUUUCUAAUGCAGCAGUUGUUGAAAAGUGUACUCAGCCAAACACAUCGUGCCAAGAUGGAUUUAGUAUAACUUCAUCUCAUCUUAGAAUGGAUGAGAUUUAUCAGCAUGAAAUGCCAGUAAAUGAUGAGAAAUAUCGACAGUCACAUUCAGUUGCUCUGCAAAAUGAAGUCAACCAGUUGAAUUCGAAAGACAAGCAAAAGUGCUUGAAAGAAACACAGUCCUUGGUAACACAAAAAAAUUCCAGAGAUAGCUUUGAAUGUUUGCUGAAUGUCAUAGUUACAGGAACUCUGAAUCCGGAUAAGAGUAGCCAUUAUUCUUCUUCAGAUGGGUCAGAUCAUGCUUCUUGUGCCAUAUACUCUUCUGGCACUCCUAAAAAGGUGUCAAAUCCAAAUGAUGCUGAUAUUACUAACAAUGUCACUGAAGCCAAUAUUACAGUAAAUCAAGAAAUCAGUCUUGAAAGAUGGACUCCUGUUCUUAUAAAUGGUUGUGAUCUCAAAGUAAAUGGUUAUAUUAAAAGUGAACUACAUACAGAAGUGGCUCAUACGACAGAUAUAGUAGUGAAACGUAAAACAAACAUCUCUUUUCAGUGCAAGGAUGGGAAAACAUACAAGUUAAUGGGCACAUUUGUAGAUCCUAAAAAUACUGUACCAAGUCUGAUUAAGAAAAAGCUGUCUAAAGGACUUCCUGCCCAAUGGAAGAAGAUGAUGAAGACUUGGGACUCACUUAUGCUUUCGACAAGGAAUCAAAAUUAGUUUAAUGAGAACUGCGUUUGUUUUAGAAGUAAUAUAAAUAAAAAUCAUUCCUUUGGCAGGUUUGAUGAAAGAUU